UGCGUUACAGAUAUCGCCGGUCGAUCACUGAGCUCCGUGGCACCGUUCAAUACAGAGUCAGGUUCGCUGUUCGAUCAACUCCAUUCCGCGCCGCUGUUCGAUAAGCGAAGGCCGCGUUCGAUUACUCCGCUCCGGGUUUUACGCGCUUCCCGCUCUUUUUUUCCCCCCUUCUCGCGAACUCCGGCCCCUCGCGCUCUCUCUAUCAGCCUCUCACUCCGUCUCAAUAUGUCUCAAGAUGGCGGCCAAUGCGGGAUCGAUGUUUCAAUAUUGGAAGCGCUUUGAUUUACAGCAACUGCAGAGAGAACUAGACACCACUGCUACGCUACUGGCCAACAGACAAGAUGAGAGCGAACAGUCCAGGAAAAAGCUCAUCGACCAGAGCCGCGAAUUUAAGAAAAACACACCAGAGGAUCUGCGCAAGCAGGUAGCUCCAUUGCUGAAGAGUUUUCAGGCCGAGAUCGAUGCGUUGAGUAAAAGAAGUAAAGAAGCAGAGGCUGCCUUCUUGAACGUCUAUAAGAAACUGAUCGAUGUCCCAGAUCCCGUCCCGGUGUUGGAGCUCGGCCAGCAGCUGCAGCUGAAGGUACAGCGGAUGCACGACAUCGAGACUGAGAACCAGAAGCUGCGCGAGACGCUGGAGGACUACAACAAAGAGUUCGCCGAGGUCAAGAACCAGGAGGUGACUAUCAAAGCACUUAAAGAGAAGAUCCGGGAAUAUGAACAGACCCUGAAGAACCAGGCGGAGAACCUGGCACAGGAGAAAGAGCAGCAGCUCCACAACGACUAUGCAGAGAAAGAGAGGCGAUUGCAAGAGUCGCAGGAAUCAAUGGCCUCCAGGUUGGAAGAGGCAGAACACAAAGCCCAGAAUCUACAGACAGCACUUCAAACCACUCAGGCAGAGCUGUUCGACCUGAAGACCAAGUACGACGAGGAGUCCACGGCAAAGGCCGACGAGAUCGAGAUGGUCAUGACCGAUCUGGAGCGAGCCAAUCAGAGAGCAGAGACAGCCGAGAGAGAGGCCGAGUCACUGAGGGAGCAGCUCACGUCAGCUAACAAGUCCCUACAGCUGGCCACGCAGAUCCAGAAAGCUCCGGAUAUGGAGCAGGCGGUGGAGGUGGUGUCACGCUCCAGUCUGGAGGCCGAGCUGAGUGCUAAGGAGCGGGAGAUGGUGCAGCUGGUGGAGGACGUGCAGAGACUGCAGGCCAGUCUGGCCAAACUGCGCGAGAACUCCUCCACCCAAAUCAGCCAGCUAGAGCAGCAGCUCAGUGCCAAGAGCGUCACUCUCAAGCAACUGGAGGAGAAGUUACAGGAGCAGGCCGACUACGAGGAGGUGAAGAAAGAGCUGAGUAUCCUGAAGUCCAUGGAGUUUGGGCCGUCUGACAACGCCACAGCGCAGGACUCGUCUAAACCGCUGGAGGUGUUACUGCUGGAGAAGAACCGCAGUCUUCAGUCCGAGAGCGCGUCGCUCCGCAACGCCAACACCGAGCUGAGCGGACUCUACGCUGCGCUCCAGGUGGAGUUUUCAGCCGCAGUGAAGACCAGCGCUGAGCAGAAGGAGCUCAUCUUCAAACUGGAGCACGACCUGAGCACCAUCCAGACCAUGUCCUCCCUGUCACGCCCGGACGCUGAGGGGGCGGACGUGAGCGGCAUGGACCGAAUCCCUGAGCCUAUUAAAGAGGCCACGGCUCUGUUCACAGGAGUGGGUGGUUCUUCUCUGGCUGAGCUUCCUCAGGGUCAGAUGGACUCUCUGCUGUCCAUCAUCUCCAGCCAGAGAGAGAGAUUCCGAGCUCGUAACCAGGAACUGGAGGCUGAAGGUCGUUCUAUGCAGCAGACCCUGCAGGUCCUGCAGUCGGAGCUGGACAGUCUGCGCGCUGACAACAUCAAACUGUAUGAGAAGAUCAAGUUCCUGCAGAGUUACCCGACCAGAAGUGGAGGCAGUGAUGACACCGUGAUGCGCUACUCGUCACAGUACGAGGAGAGACUCGACCCCUUUGCCUCCUUCAGCAGGAAGGAGCGCCAGAGACGAUACCUGAGCCUCAGCCCAUGGGACAAGGCCACCCUCAGCUUUGGUCGCGUCAUCCUGUCCAACAAGAUGGCCAGGACUAUUGCUUUCUUCUACACGCUCUUCCUCCACUGCCUGGUGUUUCUGGUUCUCUAUAAAACAGCCUGGAGCGAGAGUAUUGGCCGGGACUGUGCUGCAUACUGUGCUAAGAAGUACUCGGACCACCUGCACCGUUUCCACGAGAACGGCGAGAAUGCCGAGAUGUGGCAGUGAAGCAGCGUGACCGCGAAAGCUGACGGUCUUCGUUAUUUCUCUACUCUUUCGCUCAAAUACAUGACUAUAACUUCGUACUCUAAAUUAGUACCCUAUGUCCUAAAAACAAUGUGAUUCAGACACAACCUGGCACAAACGCUUUCGUAUUUCGCUUUGGAUUUCCGAGCAAAGCCCGAUCGCACCACUAGAGGGUGCAGUUGGUUUGUUAGCGUCGAGAGACUAAUCCAAAAUGCCUAACGAUUAUAUCAUACAGUAGAGAUCAGUAUAAAGGAGCAUUUCUGUGCCUGUGCAUGCGAGCUGGUUCAUAACUCUAAUCAAAGAAAACAUCAAUCAUUCCGCUUGACUUUACAGUGGGGACCAGUUUAUGUUGGAAUUCUUCUUUCUUUCUUUCUUUUUCUUCUCGAGGAACGUGAAAUGAUUAGUAGGUGAUUAAAUUUUACAUUUAGUUAAGUUCAUAUAUAUAUAUAUCUCAUAUUAUCUUUAAAACAUUUAGCAUUAUUAUAUGCUUUAAAAAUAAAAAAAUUCUUGUCAUUUGAACCCCAAAUCAUUUAAAUCAUUAACAGGGUUUGGGGUUACUAUGAUCUCUAUUUAAAUUCUACGCAGAAGCCUAAUCAGUAGGGUAGAAAUGAAUAAAUAUAUAUUAGUUUUGUGGAAAGUUAAACCUAGGGUUCAGGGUGUGUUAACGUUUUAUUGUGUUCGUGGAGCUCAAAAGCGAGUUGGUUGAUAUGGAAGAUCUGACCGUGUUGUUUACAGAUCAUCUGAUCAUCUCAUUGUGUUUUGUUCAGCACGGUACAUCAUGUUAUGAUCUAGAUUGUGUAAUACAUAUGCGAGCAUCGUCCGUUUCCUGUGCGAAUUGGCACGUCUCUGUUUUGCUGUUUUCUCUUAUUAUUAACCUAAUAAAACUGUCGAGCAUCUACAACGGGUCGAUCGUGGUUAUUAUUGUGUUUUUUGGUUGUUGUUGUUUUUUGUUUUUUUUUAAAUAAAGCUUUGCACGUUAAUAUAUUAAAAUGGAGGAUCUAUAUCUAGCUCUAUAUAUGCUCAAUAAUCUUUGAUCUUAAACUGGUGUUAAAGCAGCAGUUUGUCAUUUUUUGCGCCCUCUGCAGCCUGUGAGGUGAAACAAAGGGACAAGCUUUCAGCCUCCCAGAAACCCACAAAGCCCUUAAUCUUCCCCAGCUCAGCGCAAUUAUUACAAGUCAUUUUGGCUUUAAAUAAAUAAAUAAAUAAUAAAGCGUCUGCUAAAUGAGUAAAAUGUCAAAUGAGUUGUCUUUAAAGGGAAAUUGGUGACCGGGGGGCGGAGCUAAUUUCCGGGCUGGGGAUUUAUUUAUUUAUUUAUUUUUAAAUAAAUAAACAGAAGCCUGAAAUAAAGAGACUAGCCGUAUGUCUUAACAAGGCAGAAAUGCUUAUAAAAUAGAAAACACUUCAAAUGUUUCAACAUGGUAUCACUUCACAUUAACCCUUUACUGCAUGGUGUUGCCGUACGG